AUGUCUUCCCUGAUUCGUCCCACGCAUUUCCCUACGCGUCUUCUACAGGACGAUGAUAAGCUUCUAAACUACUGCGGGACUAAGAAACUUGAGAUGGGCAAAGUAAUCCACGCUCGUUCGAUUGUGUCUAAUGAUCAGUACGGCACUAAUGGUGUGUUCUAUAUUUUAUCAAAAUUUAAAGCACUGAUGUCUGCACGCCGUGAUUUUGAUCAAAUGAAUAAACAAAACGUAGUUUCGUGGAGUGACGACCUAAUUUCGGGGAAGUUCCCAAAGGGGCUUGCUUUUCGUUUUCUUAGAACAUAUAAAUCAAAAUGGGUUUCAAAGCUUGAUCGGGAUUUCCGCCUUAACCACUAUAAAUCUGCACUCGUGCUUACGUCUUGUAUAAUAGUUGAGGACGUUUUUUUAGGCAGACAGUGGCAUGGGUAUUUAUUGAAAUCUGGAUUAGAGUGUCAUCCGUACGUGAAAACUCCACUUGUACACUUGUAUCGCAUGUUGUCGGAUGUGGUAGGGGCUGUGGAGGUUUUAGUUUCUAUCCCUCAAACGGAUACCUCCACAUAUAAUAUGUUCAUGGUUGAAAAAGGUUUCUUGGAUGAGGCAUUGAAUAUCAUAAGGAAAAUGAUGGCUGAUGAUCACAUGGUGUGGAACAAAACUACUUAUAUAAGUAUGUUUGGUCUUUGUGCUCGCCUUCAAUAUUCGGAAUUGGGGAAUCAAGUUCACAACAAGCUGCUAAAGAGUGAUGUCGAGCUUGAUGUGUCUGUAUGUAAUUGCAAUGGUCAAGAUGUAUCGGAACUGUGGAAAUGUUGGAGAUGCUCUGAAUGUUUUACGCGCGUAUAA